GCCGCGCACGGGAAAAAGACGCCAAAACCCCGGUAAAAGUCUCGAAAAAACAAGCCCAAAGCGGGCGGGCGCGGGCGGGCAAGCAACCGGCCACCCACCGAGCUCGGCUCCGCUCAGCAGCAGCAGCAAGGCAUGGGCGCAACACUAAAAAGAAGGAAGCGGCCGCGCUUCCAACCCAAACCCACCAUCUUCUCUCUCUCCUCGCUUCCUCCCCCGGCUCUUCCACCCCCUCCUUCUCAUCGCGGUGACGCUGCGCCGCGCUUGGCCUUGGCGUUUGCGGUUGCGAGGCGCGGGCAGGAAGGAUGGAUGAGCGGGGGCUGGGUGGGUUCGGCGGGCGCCGCGCGGCGGUGCAGGACCACGACCACCACGGGCGGGAGGCGAUGCUGCUCCUGCAGCAUCAGCAACAGCGGCGGCGGCAGCUGGAGGAGGAGGAGGAGGAGGUGCGGCGCCAGAUGUUCGGCGAGGUGGCGGCGUUCCCGGCGGCGCUGGGCCACGGCCAGCUCGUGGACUGCGGGGAGGAGUCGGGCGGCCUCGGCGACAGCGACGUGGGCGGGUCGGAACCAGAGCCGGCGCCGGCGCGGCCGCGCGGGGGGUCCGGCAGCAAGCGGAGCCGCGCCGCCGAGGUGCACAACCUCUCCGAGAAGAGGAGGAGAAGCAGGAUCAACGAGAAGAUGAAGGCGCUGCAGAGCCUGAUACCGAACUCCAACAAGACUGACAAGGCAUCCAUGCUGGACGAGGCCAUUGAGUAUCUGAAGCAACUGCAGGUCCAAGUGCAGAUGCUGUCUAUGAGAAAUGGUGUUUACUUGAACCCACCGUAUUUAUCUGGAGCACUUGAGCCUGCGCAAGCAUCACAAAUGUUUGCUGCACUUGGCGGGGGCAACAUCACAGCAUCAAACUCUGGGGCAGUGAUGCCACCUGUAAACCAAAAGACUCCAUUUCAAUUGGAAUCAUCACAGUCCCAUCUUCGAUCGUUUCAGAUGCCUGAAUCUUCUGAGAUGAUGCUCCGGGGGGAGAUAAUGGCAAAGCAUCAGCUAACUUCAGCUCAAGCAAGAGUUAAUCUGCCAGGAAACGAUGUGAACCCAAUUAGGCAAGAACCAUCCAUCGUGAACGCUGAUCAUUUUGAUGGUUGCUCACGUAGCAAAGAGUGAUCACAUGAUAUGGUACCAAAAAAUACAGGACAUGCGUAAGUAAGCUUCUCAUUUCAAGUUCGAAGAGAUAUGUGAAUCCUACCAUGGUCAAGUUUAAAAUAGGUGGAAACAGAUGAUUUGAGUAUGAUCACAAGUUCCCAACAUAGCAUUACUCUGACACCUUAACCUUUUUUUUAAUCUAAGAAGUUGGGUUGUGGUUCAUUAUUGGUUUGAGCUGGAUUCAUCAUAUUUAUUGGCGUUCUAUCUCAUGUUUGUUUAGAUUAAAUAUGUUUGAAAACUGUUGAUGUUUCAAGUCUGAGUCCUGAAUUUAAUGUCAAAAAUAGUAGUUCGAGGGUGAAAUUGAUGUGAUGUUUAGAAAUGAAGUAGGUCGACAAGAGUUCAUUGGCCUUGCAAUUACAAGUUAAUUUGUUCCAUGGCUUCAGACAUAGCAUGAAAAAGCAUAUUCCUUCAUAUAGAUGAAUUAAGUGAACUAACCACUCUAGCUCCAUAUCGUGAAGUUUAUAGACACUCUCUACUAUUACUUCCAUGGAUAUGCCUGCUUCGAUUGGCAAGUUAGAUUAAUAAGAACAAAGCACGCCAGUAGCGUACUUUCUUCCUGACCCAAAUUGGUAUUUUUCCGGUGUUUCUGCUGGUAUUGUUAUCAUUUCUUUUUGUUUCAAUCUUGGACAGCUUAGGAAAUGGCGGCUGAUGAGAUUGAAGUCAGGUCUGAAGGCAGGAUGACAUAGUUCAGGAACCCAACUGCAAUGCAGGCUUUCCAAAUUAUUUACCUCCGUGACCACAAUAGUAACUUUUUAUUUUUGAAGCGGCCUGGAUGCUUCACUUAGCAGGGCAGUAUUGACAGUAGAAAACCAUGUAACGUUAUUGCUGCACAUUUCGUGGUGUUCUCCCACAACCCUGAGUUAA